CCGGUAUCGGUGCGGUGACACCCGUCGUGCACUGUUCCACUUCCACGUCUACCUCCACCUCGGCAGCAUCGUCCGCUUCCUCUUCCUGCUCCUCAUCAUCCACACAUCACGUACGGACACUGGUGGGAGCAGCGCCGAGCGAGUCCAGCGGCGGUGGUGGUGUAGCUGCUACUACGACGCCAUCACCAUCACCCCCCGGAAGUGCUGCUUCACCAUCGAUGGUGGUCACCGUUUCCGUUAGUCCUAGCCCCGAUCCGCAUGCUCAUUUCAUGUGACGACCGGUGGCAACGGCAACCAUCGCUGGUGUCCCUUGUAUCUCUGGCAGCCUCUAGAUGGGCGGAUACUUUCUGUCUUAGAAGAAGCUUAGUCCUUUCGUACCAUUUUAUUUAGCUAAUCGAUGUCUGUGUGAUACUACUUUGUGAUGAAGUGCGAAAGUGUGUGAGAGCAGGCAGGAAUAGGAAGUCAGUACUAUGACUGUGCGCUGUGGUGCGAUACGUAGUGUAUGAAUGUGUGUGUGUGUGGUUGUGAACUCGAGGAGGACGAAUUGGGAUGGCCGAAAAGUAGUAAAACUGCAACACCAGAUUCGUCGGAUCUGUUUCCCUUCUUAUUCUCCCUUCGUUUUAAACAUAUUGCGAUGCGUACUGCAAUCAUGGCGCAAGGGCGAUCGUACCGCGUCUGGCGUCUGCGUGCCCCAACUUUUUCAACUAGUAUCCCUGAUAUUGCGAGCAGUAUUGAGAGCAAGGUGUGUACGUGUGUCUCCAUGUGUGUGUCUCUCUGUGUGUGUGGUGGCUAGUCAAAUAGACUAAUAUAGUUUACCGAGAUGGCCGAGGAUUGUACGAAAAUAUCAACACGUCUAGUUAGCCAAUGGGUGCUAGAUUGCGUUCCGUUCUGUUCUACUACUGCUUCCCAUCGCGAUACAUGCAUUUGAUCUCCUCUACGCUUCUGUUUCUGUAAGCUUUCCCAAACAGCAGGUUUACAGCCUCACCUUUCGUUGGAAAAUAUGUCUUUAGAUAAUGCUUAAAUGCAACAGCAUACCGUGGGUGUACCGUGUGUCGUUUAACCUGCUCCGUUGCUGCCAGUUGCAAUGCAACCCCGUGCUGCCAGCGCUACCGACCAUCGAAACUGCUCGGUUACUACUGUAAGACUCAUUCUCUACUCACUCCGCUUUCCACGAAAGAAGAGUGGCCAGAGUCUCCCUAUCCCCUACCCCCGACAAACUUUGAUAAUUAGACAAGCAAAACGCAAACUCGAGCUGUACAUUUUAUCCGCGCGUAUUUUAAGAUUUGUAAGCAUAAUAAUUGAAGCUAUAUCUAUACAUAUAUAAAUAUUUUUUUUAAACCAAACCACAGAUAGAAACGUUGUGCGUGUGUGUGUGUGUAUGUGUGUGUGUGCGUGUGUACUAGAGGCUGGAAAGAGCUUGUAAUAUAUGAUAUGAUGUACUAUGUAAAAGCAGCAGCAAAGAAACACUAGAAUCUAUAGGUCGUGCAGUGUUCGUGCGUGUCGCAUGUGGGCAGCAAUAAUUGCUGGAAAUGGAACAGUGUGCAGUGCAAGCAAGUGCUAGUGCACCAGAGAUAGCUAAGCAAAAGGUGUAGCGGAAAGUUAUCCGUGAAUUUGUAGCAAAAAUGUUCUAUCUGUUAUAUAAGUUGUAUUAUUUAAGUAAAUCAAUUUUUCUCUCGCCUUUUGUCGGCAGCGUGCAUGAGUUCUCGAGACUUGGAGAAUGAUUGAAACACGAACGAGAACAGAACGGUAUGCAUGGGAAAUCGCGUGCUCCAGCACGCUUGUGUGAGUGUUUGUGUGUUUAUGUGUGUGUGGAUCUGCAGAAUAUAAAUGAUCAGCCUAUUUUAUAGAAUAAUCAGAAAAAGCGAGCCAGACGAGAGACGAAGAACAGGGCAGACGGACUAGAGGUCCUGGGAACAAUACAUUAUCUCCUGUAAAGCAAUAGCCGACAAGAUGAAUCCAUAUAACGGAAACGACGAUCCGCAUCAGCGCGUCCACCUCACUCUCUAGCUACUGAACGCGAUAAACGCGAAACCACAACAGGACACAAGUUGAUUAAAAAACAAACAUAAUAAUGCCGCUUUGACUACACUUACACAUCUAUAGAAACUACUACUAACUACUAUAACAGCUACUACUAUUAUCACCAAUAUACUACCAUUACCAAUAUAGCAGCCUUUUCAAUAAGGCAACCACCUAAAACUAACGCUCCAUAGUGCUACAAACAAAAGCUCACUCCUACACACACACACACGCAUACAUACAAUAGUACCACACACACGUACACAUACAUUUACACGCACAAAACUGCAACAUAAUACAAUAAAUCAGCAAAAAAUACCACACUUCCUGCAGACAGAAAGACAAAAAACCAACAAUAUUCUAACAAAAAAGCAAACUACAAUGAAUCACACCACGGUGCACAGAAAUUUGUGCAAUGGCCGCAGAGUGAAAACAUGAAACAAUAAGUUCCAACAGUAUCAUCCACCAUUACCACGAGAAA